CGGGGCAACCACCCCGUGCCACUCUUCCCCUCCCCCUUCCAUUCCCUUAUCCUCAGCGACCAGUACCCAUAGCAACAGCAACCGCGGGGCUAACUAAGAAGACCUCCCCGUCUCUUCCCUCCCGGGCCUUAAGCAAUUUCUACGCAACAUAAGGAGAUGGAGCCCAGUCCUUCAGGAACUCAGGAAAAAAAGACCACUCGACUCUCGCACAAUUCCACUGUAUCAGCGGUUAUGACCAGGUCUGAGGAGUAUUUGGCCCGGGUCAGCACAGAACUUACCAAUGAGGCCCUGAUGGGAGCCCAAUACCCAAUGAGCCCUGACGUGCCCAAGGAACUGAAAAAACUGGACCAGGGAACUCAGAUGUCCCGACACGUGCUGCCAACCACCAGGACCAAGGGCACGGAUACUCGUUCUGACAGAAACAGGACCAGAAAUAAAACUCAUCUCCUGCCAUCCAGAGAGAUGGUUGAAGAUUUCAAAGAUGAUAAAGGAAAAUUGCUGAAGUCAAAAGACAAAGAGCCAUCCCAACACAAGCAGGUAGAGACUGUUCGGCAGGAGGAGGCCCUAGGUGGAACCAUGUUUUUGACUACCAGAAGGCCUGUUCGUAGGCCCCCUGCUGUACCAGAAAGCCUCUCUUCCCUUGCCUCCAGGAAAGAGCAAGGAAAUGUCAAGCCCGGCCAUGACACCAUCAGGAACCAGAGACUAAUAAAGAGACGGGGACCCCCGCCUUCCCCUCCCCACAAUUCAGUCAAUGCUCUGGUCUGAUCUUCUCUGAAGAGGGUGAUGUAUGGUACUGCUAGCCCAAGGAAGGGAAGGGAAUAGUGGUUUCAUCCUUCUUUGAGGAAUUCCUCAGGUGUAUAUGCUCUACAUGGUAGAUUGUCUAGAACAUCAUUUUACCACUGAACCAUAGUCUACCCCUCCACAACCAGUUUGCUGUAAAAAGGCAUAUUCCUUUUUUAUAGUAGCAUUCACCAAAAUUUGGCAUCACAAAAAAGGCAGAUUUUAAGCAUCAGCAUCAUAUAACUUCAUCCUCAAACAGAAUGUCUAGUGCUUAUGGACUAUCCCAUAUUGCAGAUUAUCUGCUGGUUUUUUAAUCUGGUGUUAUUGAUAAUCUGCUAUUUUGAAUUAUCUAUCCCACCCCCCCCCCUUUUUAACCCUUACCUUCUGUCUUAGAAUUGACACUAAGUAUCAGUUCCAACACAGAAGAGUAGUAAGGGCUAGGCAAUUGAGAUUAAGUGACUUGCCCAGGAUCACACAGCUAGGAAGUAUCUGAGGACAUAUUUGAACCCAGGUUUUCCCAACUAUAGGCCCAGCUAUUGAGCCACCUUCCAUGCCCCAUAUAUUCCUUUAAAUUCCCUGGUUUUAGAUUUUCUCUCCCAGAGUUUCCCACCAUUUGAACAUUUGAGCUGAGGGUUGACCCUUUGAGCAUCUACUCUCCAGUUCAGCUCUGGGGAUAAGGAGUUCUUGGCCAUCCUUACAGCCAUUAUGUUGGAAUGUAAUUAAUAUUAACUAUAAUAAGAAUCAGGGGACCUGGUUUCUAGACUCCCUUAUAAGUCAUUGUGUGGCCUUGUGCAAGUCCCUUUCCUUUUCUUGAUCUCUUUUUUUCUCAGCUGUACAUAUGGUGGUUGGACUGUAUGAUCUGGAAGAUCCCUUUUUAUUCUCACAGUCUCUUUUCUCUCUGAAGGGCUGUUGCCAUUAGAUCUUUAUUUAGAGUUCAAAGAAUAUUCUCUCCAAGCUUCAA